UAUGUGCCAUUGCGUUUUUGGCCGAUCCUCCAGAAUGGGCGUACCCUAGUAUGUAAAAUUUCUACAUAAAACAACAUUUGUCGCCUCACAAGUAUCUCUGAGACACACCAAUCUGAUAACAGAAUGGGCAAUGACAUUUUACGGAUUUCUCGACUUACUUUAUUUUCUUUAAGCCAUUCGGUGUGUGCCACUAAGGGUUUGCCUUUUCUUGGCCAAUCCUACAGAACAGACAUUUCUCACUCUGACGCAAGAAGUGCAGAAUUCCUAAAUGACGCUUAAUACGUGUUGUACUUUUCUGCGCGUCCAUCUCUCCUCGCCAAAUUGUACGCAUCGCCGUUAGGUGCAAAGCAUUUAAUUAAGCGCUUUACUUAUGUUUUGCUUCGCAUAGAUUUCGACAGUGCGUACGCGCUGCAUGAGUUAUCUUCUUUUUUUUUCUAGUUGGUCUGCUUUGUUAUGAUGUGGUUCAAAUGGCAUACAGCCAAAUUUCUUAUGUGCAAUGUUAUCUCAGAAUAAGUUUAGCCCCGUGUUUCUAUUUCUUUCACUUCGACAGAAUAACUAGAACUAUUAACUAGCCCAUUAAUUAGCCUAUUAACCAGCGAAUGUCAUUCUCCUUUAGUUCUACAGAUUCAGGACCACUGUUUUUGACGCCCUUAAUCGAGCAGAACAGGUACGACGAAGCAAGGGCCAAAAGCAGAGUGGGCUUGUUCGCAAAAGAGGCAAAUGCCACAGCUCAUUCUGGUUUCAUCACUGUGAACAAGACAGCUGGAAGCAACCUGUUCUUUCUUCACGUGCAGGCGCAGGAAAACCCACUGACUGCGCCACUGAUGCUAUGGACACAAGGCGGUCCAGGUCUGUCCUCCUUAUUCGGCGAAUUUCUCGAGAUCGGACCCCUUGCCAUCGGCGCCGACGGAAGGCUACACAAGCGGCUCGAAACGAUACAAAAAGACGUGAGCGUCGUCUACCUCGACGUUCCCGUCGGGGCUGGCUACAGCUUCACGAAAGACCCCUCGGGUUACUCGCGAAACCUCGGGGACAUCGGCGCAGUGGUAAUAGAAUUCCUGAGACAGUUCUUGGUGCUCUUCCCGGAAUACAAGGAGCGAGAUUUCUACGUCGCCGGAGAAUCGUAUGGAGCAAGGUACGGCGUUGGAAUCGCUUAUCAGCUGCUCACUGCGUCAGUCAAGCACGUGCCUCUCAAAUUUCGAGGAGCAGUUGCCGGAGACGGUUUCCUGGGACCUAUCGUGGACAUAGCAGACUCCAGCGAAUUUCUCUACCAUGCUUCGAUGGUCACUCAGAAAGGCCGCGAUGUUUUCGCGAAGCAGUUUUCCAUCAUGAGGAGCCUUUUGGCAGACCGCAAGGCGCCGGAAGCCUUGCUACUUUUGCUCCAUACAAUAUUCGCUGAUGACACCAACCCUACCUUAUUUCAAAACCUCACGCUGUACAACAACCAAGCGAGCGCUCUGUACUCCGAGAUGCCGGCAAACAUGCGUAAAUACUAUCAGUACGCCAACACGACAGGAUUCAGAGAAGCGAUUCACGUCGGGUUCGACGUCGAGUUUCAACAGAACAACAAAGUUCUCUUGGCCAACCUUGCCCCUGACUACGUCACAGACAUUAGCGCAGAAGUAGAGCUGCUCCUGAAUACGAGUAAGGUGCUGUACUACGCGGGCCAAGUGGACACGCUGUUUCCUUCAACCAAUCUGCGAGCCUACAUCCGUAGCUUGAACUGGACUGGUGCUUCAGAAUACCGAAGUGCACCUCGCAAUGUCUGGAAGACACACGGAGGUUCCGAUGGAAUAAGUGGCUACAUAGUUCAAGUGCGCAAUUUCACAGAGGCAGUGAUACUUGGAGCGGGUCACUACGCGGCUGUAGACAAACCCGAUGAGGCCAAUUAUCUCAUAAAGAAUUUUAUAAGUUCAAGUUCGACGUUGGCACAACGCGCACGCAAGGCUAGCAGUGUCAUGCGGCCAUUUUUUCAAUAACGGGAGCUGGUGCCGGUUCUGGGAAG